AUUGAAUCGCUUUGUGUGUCCUCAAACAACUUGUUGCAUGUGUACAAAGGGAUAGUAAAUGUUCUUUUUCUUCUGUUUUGAAUGCUACGUUGUUAUUAUUGACAUUUGUGAUGGGUCAUUUAUAUACGAACGUUUAAAGACUGCAAAGGGGUUUAUGAUUCUCUCUUUAUAAGAAAAUAAAUGUACUACCUCAGAUUUUAGCGAAAGGUUUCCGAACUAGUACCUUAAUUCAUUAGCCGCCUUUUAUUUCAAGUCCAAAACCUAAGCGACUAAAUUACCCCGGAGGUCAUACUUUUAUCCCAACCAAGGAUUUAACACAUUCAGCACUAAUUUUCUUGCAAAGUUCGAACGGAUCAUCCAAAAUCAGGAUAUGUGACCAACUUGGAAGAGGUACUAGAUUCGAGAAGAAGUAGAAUUCAAUCACUUUAAUUCGGCCUGAUCGAUUAAAUAAAAACAUCCUCCAGUGGCGAGCUAUCUUUCUAGCCUGCUGUGACGUGGCAUUCUUCUUACAGACGUUCAACGAGCAAUCAGUAUCUCUUAAUCUUCAAUAAUGCACAACAAAGGCUCUGGCAACAGUCUUAGGUGGACUUUAAUUAAGACGACCCAGUGUGUGGAGAUCCGUUGUCAAGACCUGAACUAUCGCAUCAUUUCUUUUUAAGAGUUGAUAAAUCGGAUUCAGAAAACGGUUCUCGUGGAUUAUUUUUCACUUAGACAACAAAUUACGAGGACCGAUGUAGAAGUGCCUUACACGUACAUUUGAUACUGUGAGGGCCUGCACCAAGUCAUUUCCUUACAAUGAGUGAACAUGGGGAGAAGGGGGAGGAGGAGGAGGAGGGGGUGAUGUCCCCCAAACCCCCGCCGUUUGCCAGGGCCCCGAGUUUUGAGGUUGUGAUUGACCCAAUGGAUGAGCCGUGGGAGUGGCCCGCGAAACAGGAGAAGAACACAGAGGACAACAGUGAUGAUAGUGACGAUGAUUUUUUCGGGAGGGGGAGUGCAGCAUCCAAUGAGGAGCCCUUCAUAAAGUUUCGAAGAAUGGCACGUGCUGUUAAAAUGCUUAUAAGCGUGUGUCACGUGUGUAGGAGUUUGUUGGUAACUUCCGUUUCUAAAGAAAAUUGGUUCGCAUUGCUGGACAACCUAGUCGCCGCCACAACUCUCCAGCAAUCGCAAAAGAAAGGAAGAGCGUUCGUUGCUUUGGUAACCAAUGAAAAACAUAAAAUGGAACAGUUGACCUUUGACAUCAACGAUUAUAAACAACAACGGCUCACAAAGGAUUUGUUCACGGACGAGAUCCGAGAGAUAAUGCGACAGAGACCAGGAACACGGUCCAAUGACCAGAUUAUGGAGGUUGUGAGAGUCAUGAAGGGAAUGUCGAAGCAGUUUUGCGAGUACUCUCUAGGAAUCCAGAAAAAGAUCUGCCAGUAUUCCUUUUACGACAAGUACCGCCAUAACCGCGUGAUCAUCAAACGAGGCCUGCCCCCUGACGGAAUCUACUUCGUCAUCAGUGGAACAUUGGUCUCCAAACCAGACGACAAGAGAAACCCGGAUGAACUUCACGCCGGAGAAAAGUUCGGGGAAGAAGAUUUAGUGUGUGGAUGUGGCAGGCGAGCUACGGUGAUCACACGCCACGAGGUGGAGCUUCUAUUCCUGCACAGAUUUGACUAUAUGGAUAUAUUCGAUAUGUCCGCGGACUCUAACGAUCCCAAGAACUUAAACAUUUGUCGGAGGGACGUGGUCCUCAGACAUUUCCCGAUGGACAAACUCGAAGACAAUCCAGGAACGUGGAGUACUCUAAAAUACAGAUAUGGUCGUCUUAUUGUAAAGAACAGCAACGAAAUGGAAUGGAUAUACGUGAUUUUGUCUGGAGAAGCGCGCGUGAUAGCGCGGCUACAGCCGGAUACCAUAGACGUGAAGGCCCGGCGUCAGCAGAUACAGAGAACCAUAGAGCAAGACUCGCCAUUCUACAAGAAAAAGAAAAUCCUCAACUUUGUCUCAGACCGGGCUCACGUAAAAUCAAAGUACAGCCCUGCAACAUAUCAUCCAGGGAUACGGAGGGACCUUAUGUCGGCGCCACCUGCGCAUGGGCACAGACGUUGUCUUGACGAUAUUGCGUACAAAAAUGUACCAGACGCCCAAAACGCUGUGACGUCAAUACGAGGAUUUCUUCGCUCUAAAUCUGAAAUAUUAGAAAGCAAAUCAGAUAAACUUCCAAAAAUUGACAUUAAAGUCAGUGAUGAAAAUGGAGAUACAACUGAAAAGACAGAAAAUGACGAGAAUAUAAGACCUAUUUCAGUUACCCCCUCUGAACCUCAACAGUUAUCAUUCACCGAAAUAUCCGCAGACAAAAAGUCGUUUUAUCAAAGAACUGGACAUAAUGCAGGAAACAAGCCGAGACCAAAGUCUGAGAAUCUGCACGCGAUGAAAAAGAAACGGUUAACCCACGAACAAAUGAUGGAACGUCUGCAUAUGGCGGAACGCAGACGAUUAAAAGAGAAAUACAUGAAUGCCCCGAACAUCAAACCACAGCGCGUGGUCAUUACACACGAGAAGGAGACGGCGGAACUUCCUGCUUUUGUCCAGGUGGAAACUUUGCAUCCAGGACAGACCUUCGGUUUGCGAUCUUGCCUAGAAUCUUAUGAGCGAGGACCCUCAGUUAGCCUGAUCAGCGGUGACUGUGAAGUACUCGCCAUCAACAAAAAAUUCUUCCUACGCCAUUGCGAUGACGCUAUGUUCAGUCUCAUCAGACUCAAGGCGAAGCCUUUUCCUCAGCAGAGUGAGUUGGUGGAUCGAUUAGAUAUCACUCUACAAUGGGAUGAAUUUAAACAAGAGACAUUGAAAGAUUACCUCAGGAGACGAAUCAGAAAACAUUGACCAUACCAUAUUUUAUCUGAAUAAUGAUUAUGAUGACGCAAUAUUUCCCCCUAAUACGGCAAAUUUCGCUGGGUUUAGUGCUGUGAAAAUUGUGUACUUUUGUUCUCUCUUACCAGUAUUAUUAUUUAUGAAUUAUGAUUAAUAAACAAAUAUUUAUUACUGUG